UCUUUCUUUUCGUCCCGGGACUCCAUUUUGUAGGGCGCACGGUGAGGUUCGCUGAGCACCGCUUGCUGGCCUCAGUAAUAAGCCAAAAUGACGAACACAAAGGGAAAGAGGAGGGGGACACGUUACAUGUUCUCAAGGCCGUUUCGCAAACAUGGAGUUGUCCCUCUGGCUACCUAUAUGCGCAUCUACAAGAAGGGUGAUAUAGUUGAUAUCAAGGGUAUGGGUACUGUUCAAAAAGGUAUGCCCCACAAGUGUUACCAUGGCAAGACUGGAAGGGUAUAUAAUGUUACCCAGCAUGCUGUGGGCAUUAUUGUUAACAAGCAGGUCAAGGGCAAGAUUCUUGCCAAGAGAAUCAAUGUGCGCAUUGAGCAUAUUAAACAUUCCAAGAGCAGAGACAGCUUUCUGCAGCGUGUGAAAGAGAAUGAAAGGAAGAAAAAGGAAGCAAAAGAAAAAGGCAUUUGGGUUCAACUGAAACGCCAGCCUGCUCCACCAAGGGAAGCACACUUUGUGAGAACGAAUGGCAAGGACCCAGAGCUGCUGGAGCCAAUUCCCUAUGAAUUCAUGGCAUAAGGCUUGUUUAAAAGAAGUAAAUUAAAGAUUUGGUUUUGGACAAGUGUA